AUGCUUUCUACAGAAGAUGCUUCCAUUAAAGCUUCACUUUCUAGGUGGUCGGUUAUGGAAUCUUCCUCUCCCACGGUUUUUGUUAACAGUUCUAAGGGCUACGGUAUAGCGUUGCCCAAAGGCUCGCCGUUGAGGGAGAUUCUGUCUAGAACGGUGCUUCAGCUACAGGAAAGAACUAUCCUGGAAGCGUUAAAAAGCAAAUGGUGGCGUGACAUGAGAGAAGGUCCCUCCUGUGCUCCUCCACCAGAAACAUCGCGAACUUCACCGCCGCAAAGUGUAUUCGGAAUAUUUUACGUGCUUAGCACGGGACUAGUAAUUGCUCUGAUAAUGGCCUUUGGAGAAUAUUGUAUAGAAUCGAGACAUGACACUUUCCGCUUGAAACUUACUGUGCUAGGAAAGAUCCGCGAAUGGUGGCAAGGAAAUUCCGGACCAGAAAAGGCUGAGAAAGCGAGAAACAAGCUUAGAAAUAUGCAAUUAGAUACAGCUGGUCAGCCACUUCCAAAGUGAGU